UUUCUUACGGCCAGAGGCCUGUCGGACAAUCUGCAACGCCCUAUAUGACGCCGAAUCAAGGACCAGGUUAGGUGUCACUACGUACCAGUGAUGUCGAGGUUGCAUCAUAUGCAGAGUACAAGUUCGCGACAAGGAUCCUUCCAUACUUCAUUUGUCUAAAGGGCGUUUGAAACGUCCUUAGCGCAGGACCAGUUACAGGGCACAAGACUUUUCUUUAAAAUCGUAAUAACGUGCAUUUAUCGCAGGAGAUCUUGCACGCGUUGUCUGCAGCGACUGUCUGUUUAUUGCAGAAUAUCCUGCACUGAACUUUCAACGGAGCUACAAUGCCAAAGAGGCAGUGUUUUUUUUUUUCUAAACGUGGUUGAAUUGUCACGGUGUAACUCCGCACGGAUAACUUCAACAGGGCAUCUUGAGGGCGGUCAAUUACACAUAUGUUCUCAGCAAUACACGGUUAAAAGUGACGCAGCGUUGCGCAGAGCCUCACAGAGCAUCUGGUUGUCUCGCACGCAACAAGAGCCACCAUGGAGGGAACGGACGGCGGAGCAGAGCGUGGCGACGACAGCGACACCCGAAGCAACAGCGUGUGGCGCGCAUGCGGUCACGUCUACGGCCAGUUGGCUCGGGACUCCGGUCUCCCGGGCGCCGAUGUCCUCGUCGAGGGAGGACGCUUUCGCCGCCUGCUGUGGACCGGGGCGCUGCUCACCCUGGUAUACUACAGCGCCAGCGAGACCGGCGCCAUCCUGCGCGAGUACUUCACGUACAGCGUGGCCGUCGCCUUCGAGUACAACACGAACGAAUCGUUCGAGCUGCCCGACGUCACCGUGUGCAACGUGAACCCGCUGCGCCGUUCUAAGCUGUGCGCCCUGGAGGCAUCGGAGCGCGCCAUGGAUCCGGAGCUGGAGGAGCGCCUCUGCGGCAAGGGCCAGAAGUUCAAAGAACGCAAAGUAACUGCUGAUCGCCGUAGGGACACGGCACGAGCAAGCAGCAGAAGAAUCCGUUUUCUAAGCAAAAGCUUAAAGUGCAGCACUUACUCCGACGCACACGUUGAUCUUUGCUCAACGCAGGCCAACCCAGACGACAUUAAACUACAGCACCGAUUGUCGGAUUGGAUGGCCCAGAGGGCGGUGCGCGACGAAAAGCAGCUCGAAGCGGUGGGCCACCAGUUUACCGACGUCAUCAUCGACUGCACCUACCACGAAAAAGACUGCAAGCAUGCCAGGUUCUUCCUUAACCACACAAACCCCUGGUACGGCAACUGCUUCUGCAUCCACUGCGAGAAAACCGAUCGGCUCUUCGAGUACAACUCUUUGGCAUCGCCUUUCGACGGUCUGGUGAUGACGCUGAAUCCGGAAUUGCACGAAUAUCUGCCCACGUCCUAUCAGGCCGGAUUCCUUGUCAUGAUACAUGCGCACGGCACCAGAUAUCGGCGUACAGUGACUGCCUCCCUCGAGAUCAUACACCUGCCGAGAGGCUGCUUUCACCUCCUUGGUGUUUGGCUCGCCCACAAGUUCGACGAACCAAGUGAUUCAAAUGAAGUUCUGAAUUUGGACUGCGACUAUACAUUAUCAUUAUGUUUCUGUCUCUCUUUCUACUUACGCAGGCAUUCAGUGUGCAGCGACGGUGUGUAUCUCACACCUGGUUACACUACGUAUGUUGGACUUAGCGUGCUUGCGCAGACGGGCCUGCCGGCUCCGUACGCCAAUCCAUGCCGCAGAACCUGGCCCAAGUGCUUGCUCCAACUCCUGGAGGAGCCUUACGGAGAGUACACACGCGAGGUGAAGCAAGACUGUCUGAACCUGUGCCUGCAGCACAUCGUCGUGGAGAGGUGCGGAUGCCUGACGGCGCAGCUGCCGCAGCUGCACAAGCUGGCCAGGAAGUACGGCGCCUGCGGGGAACACGGUAAAGCCACUCGCUGCACAAGUUCGAAUUGCGAAGCACGUUCGGUCUGCACCUACACAGGCUUUGCGCUUCCCGUAAUCUCCUGUCGCUGUUCCCUCUGUAGGCCACCGGCUCGGCUGGUCCUGUACUUCGACUCGCUCACCUACGAGCACAUUCGAUCGGUGCCUAAGUACGACGAAACCCGGGUUCUUAGCAAUCUGGGCGGCAUCAGCGGCAUGUACCUGGGCCUGUCCUUUUUCGUUCUCUUCCAAGUGCUCGACAUUCUUGUCGUCGGGGCGCUGCGGCUCAGGAGGAUGCUGCACUGGGACGCACGCCAGCGCCUCCUGGUGGAGCUCGCAAGGCCCCAUUCACGAGGAGACUCCCGCGCUACCUCGCACAACUAGCCGGCAGCAGGAAGGUUGCCGUCGUCAUGUUUACGUCAUUUUUGCAACUAUACUAAGCCCUGGUGUCUUACAUAUAGGACAGGACGCCAUAUCUGUAGUACCAGAGUCAUUCAAUGCUUCUCAGCUAGUACUGAUGGGGCACUCAUAAUAUAAUCAUCACCGUUUGCCUUAUAAACGUAUAAUUUGCAGUGCAGGACGAAGGCAUCUCCCUUUAUUUUUCCAGUUUCUUUUUUAAGCGAAGCUUUCUUUGCCUCUUCUCCCGAUUUUCCGGGUGCUACUGCUGUGGUCUUGCUAGCGCGCGCUGCUGGGUUUCCUGCAACACCACCAGAUGGCGCACGCCUCCACGCAUCCCGGCGUAUGGCCGGGAUGCGUGGAGUUGGUAUUCAGUGAAAACAUUGGAUAGUGUCAAUAGAGGGCUAGGAAAUACCUCGCGUAAAAGAAAUACCUUGGUAUAUAGAUAAACAAAGACAAUAGGUAUUUGGAAACACAGGAAAAAACAAUAACAGUAAAGGGGAAGGGAAGUGCGGCCAUAAUGAAACACAGAACGCUAUGGGGAUACAAUAGGUACGAGGUGCUCCAGGGUAUAGUGUAAAGGUGUAAUGGUUACAGGACUUACAUUUGGAAAUGUUGUUUGCUUGAAAUUAUGGGUACAAUCAAGCCUCGAUAGCAACCAAAGGUCAGUGGGACGCCUCGCAUUGGGCGCUCACGAGAAGACUACAAAUGAAUAUGUGCAGGGUGAUAUGUGCUGGACGAGUUUUGAAGUGAGGAAUAAGCCCACAGCAAAAUUGAUUAUGAAGAACGACAGAGGAAUAUGGAAGAAAGUAAAUGGGCUGGGAGAGUUUUCAAGUAUUUGUACAGAAAAAAACAUCGAUUAACAGUGGAGGAAAAGAACUGGGAAGGUUACCAGCAAGUAUGCGGCCUUUAUGGUGAGCAACACAGCAACAAAGAACGUCAAGUGGAAAGUCAGACAGGCUCAGAUAAUCUAAUGGGUAGCCGCAAUGGAAAAGAAGCCUGGCAUGAGGGACUACUUAAGAGAAAAAAACGAAAUCAGGAAACAAUUUACGAUAACUCAAAGGGAAGCUCAUUACUUUUCGAAGCGAGAUCAGGAUGCCUUAGAACACGGACUUAUAAAGCGAGGUAUAAGAAGGAAGAAGCAUGUGCUUGCUGCAGUAGAGCUAGGGAAACGAGGGAGCAUGUUUUAUUAGAAUGUGAAGAUAUCUGCUCAGCGGUCGAUUUAGGCACCACUGGCCUCCUUGAAGCCCUUGGGUUACGCGAGAGCACGGGAAAAGUAAAUAUGUCCGCAGUAGAGAUUUCCAUAUCGCGGUAUAAUGGCUGGCGCUGACAAUCUGUCUCGUGCGGCAUAUUGCAAACGGAGCCAUGUCUGGCGCCGCUGCCUCGCCAAUCGGGAGUUGGAUGCGUGCCAUCCCCCCCGGAAGGAUUUCACAUCAACUGCUUAUACUAAGGCAAAACAUUUAUAUCAAUUGUAUUUAUGCUGAUAUUUUUCCUAUGCACGCAUUUUUGUUCGUAGGUGAAUGUAAUUCGUGUUGUGCAAUAAGCAAAUGAUGCAAAGCGUUGCGAUCUUAUCGCAUCCGUGACAUCGCUAUUUUUAUUAUCGCUGUUAUUUUUUGUAUGCAAGCGAAUGUUUUUUUUUUUUUUUUAUGAAACGCAGAUUGUUAUCUGUGCAGGUAUCGUGUAGCAGUUAGCCUGUGUAGCCUUUGUGUAGUUAUCUGUGUAGGUCUUGGUGUAGCUGUUAGCCAUUUUGCUAGCAAACUGUGCGGCUAAGGUACUUUUAAGCAUACUUUGCAAGCAGAAGAUUGACCUUGCACAUGUUUCAAAAAUAGAGAGCAAAAAAAAAUGAAAGCUCGUAUCUUUACUGAGACAUGAAUAUUGAUAAUUCACUGUCUUGCAAGGCUAAAUUGCAUAUUUCAUGUAUCUUAGUUGUUGAAUAAGAAUCAUUGUGAAUUUGAUGUACUUAUUGCUUUUUUCUUACUUGUUUGCUUGUGUUGUCUGUAUUGUGUGCUAUUGACGGCGACUAAAAGCUGGUCUCAUUGUGUGCAGUCUAGUGCCCUCAUAUUUUUAAUGUAUAUAGACUGCAUUUCAUCUCUGCUGUCGGAAUUGAUGCACUCUAUGUGAACACUGCUAUGCUGGGGUAUAGUGCUUAACAGAGUUUCAUAUUCGUAUAACUAGAUGGAAAUCUGGCGCUGCGAUCGUUCAACCAUCAUGGGAAUGAUGGGAUUGGCAUUCUGUUGACCGGCGAACUAGUCUACAAGUAUUUUUUGGCAGUUUUGGUUUCGCUCCAAGCGCAAUUGCCUGCAGUGAGGCAGUGCAACGCAAAGCUAUCUGCCUUUGUUCUGUUGCUAGAAGUGGCGAUAACGCGCUGGGCCAGCGGCUGGGACGAUGUUUGUGUCGCGGUGUGGUGUAGAAGCCCUGACGAGAAAGCGACGGCAUCGUAAACGUUGAAAGAACAUGUUUGACCGUUUGGACCUUGGUUUGUUAAGUGUGUUAGGUUGGCGCUGUAGCGUUACAUGCUUUAUGAAACUUUAGAAUACGAAAAAGAAGGUACUGCUAAUACAAGACAUAGACAGUUGUACUUCCAGUGGCUUGACAAUCAAACUUUAUUGAGGGCUUCAUUAUGCAUUGCUCGUUUAUGUACACAUUG